CCAUUUUUAAACACUUCCAAACAUAACGCCUUCAAAUUUUGAUAUCCUUUAAUUCGGCCGAGUCGUUAUCGAUCGCAGAGCAACACACAAAAGGAAAUUUCUGAGGAAAUUCUCGACUGCUUGAGGAGGAGGAAUCCAUAAUGAAUCUUGAGCGCAUCCCUAACGAGGAGAAACUCUGCCUUUGCCGGAAAUAUUAUUUAGGUGGCUUCGCAUUUCUGCCUUUUCUGUGGUUGGUGAACGUGGUGUGGUUCUUCAAAGAGGCCUUUGUAAAGCCUGCUUACACUGAACAAUGUCAAAUCAAAGCAUAUGUGAAGAAAUCAGCAUUAGGCCUUCUGGUAUGGGUGGCAGUUCUCACGACAUGGAUCACCAUUUACCAGCAAUUUAGAACUGAGUGGGGAGAAGUGGGGGACUACCUCUCUUUCACCAUCCCUAUUGGUACUCAGUGAACACAUGACCCCUCACCCUCACCCCCAUCGCCCUGUCUGUGUACUACUUCCUCUGUUCUCCGAAUGCAGUUGAAGACAUACAUACAUACACUACUCUCUGCUUUACAUUUUGGCUGACUGGGAGUUGUGUCACUUCUAUCCCACUGUUGGCCCUGGAAUUUAUUUAUGUAAAAAUGCCCUCAUAGUCAUUAAAGUUCAGUGGGAUGUCAUUUCCACCCUUUUGGACUGUCUUUGAUUUUUAGCUUGGUACAGUACAGGAUGACAGAUGCUUUUAUUGUCCCCUUUUAUGUGCCUUUUGUGAUUUCUUUUUAUAGACUACAGCUUUGUUAAAAUAAAUGCAGAAUUCCCUAUGUCCUUUUAAAA